AUUAUUUUUCUCUCUCUGAAAACUCAAACAUGUGUGGAUCUUUUGUUGAGGGUGUUCGUAUAUCUCUGUAUUUAUAGACCAAUACGCUGCUCUCCCCAAAAAACACAUGCACAUGAGUACUGGAUGAGGCAUUACAAGUGAUCUGCGUAUCCGAGUCCAUUCAUUAGUCGAUCGGACUUCUUGGCUGACGCAACGGUUAGCCAAAUAGUCGCGCACGUAUCUCCAAUAACUUCGGAUGUUAUAUCUUCCCGGGAAACAUAAGCCCCAUGAGAUCAAAGAAAAUUAAGUGAAGUGAAAAAAACAAAGUUUGAAAAAAGGUUUUCUGAAAAUAAAACAUAGUCAAAUCCUUAAUUCGAAUUAAAUACAAAAGAAAACCAUAAGAAAAUGUUACCAUCUUGCUAUGCCAAUGGAUCGGGUCUGCCGGAAAAUGACGAGCUUCUUAAUUCCCUGCUUUCAAAUCCCGAAUAUCUCAGAGCUCAAGUUUCCCCAAAUCCAUUGGCUCCAAAUGCCGUCGGAAUGGAAAGUUUGAUGUGCGGAUCGUUAUCUCCAGCUUUUUACUACCAGGGAAUUGAUAAUUUCCUGGCCUUGCACAAUAAUAUCUGGGGUUUGCCCAUAUCCUUCCUGCAUAACUCACAUCGACCGGAAAAACCGCCGUUUUCCUAUAUUGCACUUAUUGCCAUGGCCAUAAGUAGUGCUCCUAACCAGCGAUUAACUCUCAGUGGAAUCUACAAGUUUAUAAUGGACAAAUUCCCUUAUUAUAGGGAAAACAAACAGGGCUGGCAGAACUCAAUUCGGCACAAUUUGUCCCUGAAUGACUGCUUUGUGAAGGUGCCUCGGGAUAAGAACACGAUCGAGGACAAUGAUAGUGCUGGCAAGGGAAGCUACUGGAUGUUGGACUCCUCGGCAUCGGAUAUGUUCGAGCAGGGAAACUACCGGCGAAGAAGAACCCGCAGACAAAGACAUUGCGCCAACUCAAAUCGCUACGAAAGAGAGUCAGGAAAGGAUUCCAGUGAUGGCAGCAAUGCUACCGCAGAUAUUCGUUUACCCAGCGAACCGCUGAAUGAUUUCGACAUCUUCUGCAACGAGAGACCCAAUUAUUCGGAUAGGAUUACUGACUUACACAGGCAGUAUUUGUCCGUAUCUCUGGGUUUCAACAGUCUUUUUAACAACGAUGCCAGAGGAAUGCGAGCCAUAUCAAGUUCAUCGCUGCCCGAGAUCAGAGAAUCUCCAGAUGAUGUGGACGCCUCCUCUAGUUCCAGUAAAACAGCUCCGAAUCCUGUGGAUAGUGCCUCACUUCAUGAGGAUUUGCAUUCUCCGAGCGCCUUUACUCCGCCACUCAAUCGUCGGGAAAUGAAUUCUUCGGGUGCGCCAGUCCCUAAUGAUUCUUUUCGAGGCAUUCAGGAUUCAAGCAACUCAUCAUCAACAAUGGCAAACAAUCGGUCAAAGACCACACUAUUUACCAUCGACAACAUCAUUGGCAAGCCAUGAAAACUGCACAAUUUGAUCUUAGCUUUUUAAGAUAUUACCUUAUAAAUGACUUUGUUUUUAAUAGAAA